CAAGGCCUUAGGACAGUUACGGCGGCAAGGUUUAUUGGAGGGAGCGGCUUGAUGGCCCUACCAUUUCCCAACCGUUAGCCGUUAGGCAAGAACGCCAUUGUCACGAUCACGACACCCCCAGCUUAGCGUUGCCCACAAGGUACACGUCCCCAUCACUCUCGCUCGGCCAGCCACAAGGUACCCUACACACGAGCACAGACGCACAAACGGACACACAGGCGCACGCUGUGCAGUGAGCUCCCCCAUCCCCACAUGUCAAACAGAGCACCGCCGCUCACGCUCACACCCUCCUCCGGAAACCAGGAAUCCCAAGAACCAGCCGCGGCAGCGACGGCGACGGCGACGCCAUGGCUCUGACGGUGCCAACCGCGGCGCUGGUCGUCCUCGCCGUCGCGGCCACGCUGGCCCUGCAGCCGCGAGCGAGCGCGCAGAUAUCAGCCCCGCCCUCGGGCGCCCCCGCGGCCGCGCCGUCGUCGCCGUCGCUGGACUGCGCGGGCGCGCUGCGGAACCUGACGCCGUGCCUGACGUACGUGGAGCGCCGCAGCGCGCUGACGCGGCCGGACAAGGGCUGCUGCGGGGCGCUCGCGGCCGUCGUGGGCGGCGACGACGCCGCCUGCCUGUGCGCGCUCCUCGCCGGGUACGGCGCGCGCGGCGUCCGCGUCGACACCGUGCGCGCGCUCGCGCUGCCCACCAUCUGCCGCGUCGACGCGCCGCCGCCCAGGCUCUGCGCCGCGCUCGGCAUGCCCGUCGCCGAGCCGCCGGGCGGAGCCGCCGCCGCGCCGAUGGACUCAGGGUCCGACGCGCCGUCGACCACACCGGCAACGGCGGCCGCGAACGGCGGCCCGGCGACGCGCUGGCGAGCUUCGACACGGCCGUACCUGGUGGCUGCUCUCUCGCACGGCUGUGGUGCCAUCCUCCUCUCCACACUGCUGCUGUAACUCUUGCAGGCCGGCACCGGCACUCACCGUAGAGCUGCCGCGCAUCGCAUCUGUACAGGUGUAAAUGUACACACGCGUUCCAUUCCGCGGGGCGGUGAAGGAAUCAAUUCGGGCGCCCCGUCGUCCAUCCA